AUGCUGCUCAAUCUCCCGACGCUGCCCAAACACCCGAUGCUGCUCAACCUCUUGGUGCUGUCCAAACACCCGAUGCCGCUCAAAUUCUCGAUGCUGCCCAAACACCCGAUGCUCCACCUCCUGAUGCCGUUGAACCCCCCGAUGCAGCCCGAACGCCCGAUGCUGCCCAAACGCUCGAUGCUGCUGAACCUCCCGAUGCCGCCCAAACACCCGAUGCUGCCCAAACAUCCGAUGCUGUCCCUGCCGAAGCCGACGGGGACCAUAGCAGAAGUGGGCGUGGAUAAGCCAGGGCCAAGCUGCUCGAAGGAGGCCAGCGCGGACCAGGACGAGGCGGUGGAGGAGGAGACGGGCGUGGCCGUCCAGGUGCCGGAGGGCGCGGCGCCGGCGCUGGUCGACCUGGACGGGUUCGGCGCUAUCCGCCGCUCGACGUCGCUGGCGCAGCUGAAGGAGAUCGUGGGCCUGCGCUGUCCCGAGGUGCUGCACUCGACGCCCAACAUGACGUCCAGCAUGCUGCUGGAGCUGCUGCUAUACGUGCUGCAGUACGCGCGCGAGCAGGAGCUCGGCGAAGAGCAGACGUCGGUCGUCUUCAGCGUCGCCAAGGCUACGCACGAGUACGCCACGGCCACCUGCUUCGGCAACGUGGCCGAGACGUUCGCCUACUUCAAGGAGCUGCUGGCGGCGCACUGCGUCAACCGGCCGCCCUGGAGCCUGGACCUCUUCGAGCCGGACGACGCCGAGCACUUCGCCCGCUUCUUCGCCGACAUGUACUUCCGCCACUUCAGCCUGGUGAAGGCGGCCUUUACGCCGUACGUGACGCUGGACGUGGACAUCUGGUACGACCCGCGCGUGUGGCGGCCGCCGGAGGAGACACCUGAGACGGAGGCCGAGGCGGCGGCCGAUCACCGGGUCAGGCGGGCGACGUAG